AUAGGUUUGUGGGGGGGGGGGGGCCUUGGGAAGAAGAAUCAUGUAAAUAAAAGAGAAGGUGCUGUAAAAAGAUGGGGGAUGCUGCAGACCUCAAGGAAAUGAGAAAGACGUUUAUUGUUCCUGCAGUCAAACCUUUUGACCAUUAUGAUUUCACCAGGGCUAAAAUCGCCUGUAAUGUAGCUUGGCUGGUGGCCAAAGCCUUUGGGACAGAAAAUGUUCCAGAGGAAUUGCGAGAACCAUUUUACACAGACCAGUAUGACCAGGAACACAUUAAACCACCUGUUGUUAAUUUGCUACUAUCUGCUGAACUCUACUGUCGUGCUGGAAGUCUUAUUCUCAAGAGUGAUGCUGCAAAACCACUUUUGGGUCAUGAUGCUGUUAUCCAGGCCUUGGCACAGAAAGGUCUUUAUGUCACUGAUCAAGAGAAGUUGGUAACCGAAAGAGAUCUGCACAAGAAACCCAUUCAGAUGAGUGCUCAUUUGGCCAUGAUUGAUACCCUGAUGAUGGCAUAUACAGUAGAGAUGGUCAGUGUUGAAAAAGUGAUUGCAUGUGCUCAGCAGUAUUCAGCCUUCUUCCAAGCCACAGACCUGCCCUAUGACAUUGAGGAUGCUGUCAUGUACUGGAUAAAUAAGGUAAAUGAACAUUUGAAAGACAUUAUGGAACAGGAACAAAAACUAAAAGAGCAUCAGAGUGUAGAAACUCCAGGAGGUCAAAAGUCUCCUACCAAAUGGUUUUGGAAACUGGUUCCUGCUCGUUACAGGAAGGAGCAAACACUGCUUAAGCAGCUGCCUUGCAUUCCAUUGGUAGAAAAUCUGCUGAAGGAUGGUACAGAUGGUUGUGCUUUAGCUGCUCUGAUCCACUUCUACUGUCCUGAUAUUGUCAAACUGGAGGAUGUUUGUUUGAAGGAGACCAUGUCAUUGGCUGAUAGCUUAUAUAAUCUACAGCUCAUACAAGAAUUUUGUCAGGAAUAUUUGAACCAGUGUUGCCAUUUCACUCUUGAAGAUAUGCUCUAUGCUGCUGCUUCAGUAAAGAGUAAUUAUUUGGUGUUCAUGGCAGAACUUUUCUGGUGGUUUGAAGUGGUGAAGCCAUCAUUUGUACAGCCUCGUGUUGUCAUUAAUCCCCAAGCUGAACCUGUGAAAGAUGCAUCUUCUGUUCCUAUUUUGAAUGCUAAUAGAAGAAAUUAUAUGGAUAGUUCAUGUGGUUCUGACUUUAUAGCCAGUGUGGAGGGUCCAACUUUUACACCAUCUCAUCAACUUGUGCCUGUUAGGCAUACACACCAUCAGCCUUAUUCAGCUGCUCCAGGAGUCAUUAGAAGAUCCACAUCUAUGUCUUAUGUGGAUGGAUAUGUAGGGACUUGGCCCAAAGAGAAAAGAUCUUCGAUGCAUGGAGUUUCAUUUGACAUUUCUUUUGAUAACGAAAACAGUAUUCAGACAUCUACUCCAAACAGAGGAAUUACUAGAUCUGUUAGUAAUGAAGGCCUUAUGCUAAAUAUCAACCGCAUGCCCAAACAUAUUAGGAAAAAUCUGUCCUUCAAGCCAGUAAAUGGAGAAGAGGAAACUCAAGAUAUUGAAGAAGAAAAGGACAUAGUAUCUCAUAUCGACCCAAAUGCAGCAUCUCUUAACACAAAUGAAAGGAAUGCCAAUGAAAACAGCCAAUACAAGCUUCCAAAUGGAGCUCCGCAAAACAGGGUAGUUAUGGAUGAUUUUGGCAAUCAGAUUGAGACUCCAAGCAUUGAAGAGGCUUUGCAGAUAAUUCAUGAUACUGAAAAAUCCCCCAUUGUUAUCCAGCCAGACCAAAUUACAAAUGGGUUCUUUCUUCAUAACCAGGAAAUUAGCAUCUUAAAUUCAAAUAUUAAACUAAAUCAGCCUAAUCCUGAUAUCAUUACAGACACAAAAGUUGCCCUAAGUCCUGUGACUGACAAUACUGAAGUGGAUACUGGAAUACAUGUUCCUUCAGAAGAUAUUCCAGAAACUAUGGAUGAGGAUUCUUCUUUGAGAGAUUAUACUGUAAGCAUGGAUUCUGACAUGGAAGACCCACCUAAAUGUCUUCAGGAUUAUGAUAUACGAGCUAGCAACCACAGAGAGCUAUUAAGUCCCUGUCCAAGCUCAAUAAGUACCAAAUCGCAAGCUGGCAGCAGUGCUUCUUCAAGCUCGGGAGUCAAAAUGACCAGCUUUGCAGAGCAGAAAUUCAGGAAACUGAAUCACACAGAUAGCAGAAGUAGUGGAAGCAGUUCUCAGAAAACUACCCCAGAAGGCUCUGAGUUGAAUAUUCCUCAUAUUGUUGCUUGGACUCAUAUACCUGAGGAAACACCUGUCCCUCAAGGAAGAGACACUACACAGUUGCUUGCUUCAGAAAUGGUCCAUCUUAGGAUGAAGCUGGAGGAAAAGAGGCGAGCCAUAGAAGCACAGAAGAAGAAAGUAGAAGCUGCUUUUACUAAGCAGAGACAGAAAAUGGGAAGGACAGCAUUUCUUAAUGUAGUGAAAAAGAAAGGUGAUGGAAUAUCACCUCUUCGAGAAGAAGCAGCUGGAGCCGAAGAUGAAAAAGUAUUCACUGAUAGUAAUAGAUUGAAUGAAAAAGACACACAAAAACCAGUUGAACAAAUUAAUAAGACUGCAGAGGUAAUAAAGGAAAGUGCUGAAAAUUCUCAGGCCAAGUGGUUAAAGUCCCCUAAUACACCUAUGGAUGCUGAAAAGCAAUGGAACUUAGUGAGCCCCGCAGAAGAAACCUUAAAUGAAGGGGAUAUUUUAGAAUAUACAAAAUCUAUUGAAAAGCUAAAUGCUUCUCUACAUGUCCUACAGCAGGAAAUGCAACGCCUAUCCCUUCAGCAAGAGAUGUUGAUGCAAAUGAGGGAGCAGCAGGCCUGGGUUAUUUCACCUCCUCAGCCUUCACCUCAGAAACAAAUCCGAGAGCUUAAGUCUUCAAUGAGGCAAACAGGACUGUCAUCUUCUAUUGCACCAUUUGCUUUGGAACCUCCUCGCCCUACUUAUCAAUCACCACAGUCUUCUAAUAGGAAGAAUGCCUCUCUCCCCGUUAAAAUGCAAAGGACUCCUAGGCCAAAUGAACUGAAAAUAAUACCUUUUAAUCGCACCUUAACUGCUCCACGGUCUGUGGAUAGUCUUCCUCGUUUGAGAAGAUUUUCUCCAAGUCAGGUUCCCAUUCAGACUAGAUCAUUUGUAUGUUUUGGAGAUGAUGGAGAACGUAUCUCUGAACCUCAAUUAAAAAGAAAUCUUUUGAAAGAAGUCAAAACUACAGAGGAUGGAGCAAAAGAACAACAACAACAAAAAGGUACUUUGGAAGAAUGUGAACAAAAAGUGAAGGAAAAGGAGAUUAAGCCUUUUGAAUCUAAGGUUUCUGAAGUAUUAUCUCAGCCCAUCACAGAAACUGUCUGCCUCACCCCAAAUGAAGAUCAGCUAAGCCAACCUGUUUUGCCAACACCAAUUCCUAAAACAGCUAACCUAAUUGAAGUUUCCCUCUCAGAUUUGAAACCACCUGAAAAGGCUGAAGUAUCUGUUGAGAAAUAUGAAGGUGAGAGUGAUAGAGAACAAUUCGAGGAUGACCAAAAAGUGUGUUGUGGAUUCUUUUUUAAGGAUGAUCAAAAGGCAGAAAAUGAUAUGGCAGUGAAACGGGCAGCAUUACUGGAGAAACGGUUGAGAAGGGAAAGAGAGACUCUACUUCGAAAGCAGCAGCUAGAAGCAGAGCUAGAACAUAAGAAGGAAGAGACAAGGCGCAAGUCAGAGGAAGAACGUCAAAAGAAAGAAGAUGAAAGAGCACGUAGAGAAUUUAUUAAGCAAGAAUAUAUGAGACGGAAACAGCUGAAGCUCAUGGAAGAAAUGGAUACUGUAAUAAAGCCACGCCCACACUCAUCCAAACAAAAAAAGCCACGUCCAAAAUCUAUUCAUAGAGAUCAUAUUGAAUCACCCAAAACUCCAGUUAAAGGUCCACCAGGUUCACAACUUUAUCGUGUUUUUUCAGUAUCUAGCCUCUCAUUGGCAUCACUGAACACAGGAGACAAUGACAGCGUGCAGUCAGGCAAGAGAACACCAAGGUCUGAGUCUGUGGAAGGAUUCUUAUCUCCAAGUCGUUGUGGUAAUCGCAAUGGGGAAAAAGAUUGGGAAAAUGCAUCUACAACUUCUUCAGUGGCCUCUGCUACAGAAUACACAGGACCAAAGCUCUACAAAGAACCCAGUGCAAAAUCCAAUAAGCAUAUUAUUCAGAAUGCUCUGGCUCAUUGUUGCUUGGCUGGAAAAGUAAAUGAAGGUCAGAAGAAAAAAAUAUUGGAGGAAAUGGAGAAAUCUGAUGCCAAUAACUUCUUAAUCCUAUUCCGGGAUUCUGGCUGCCAGUUCAGAUCUUUGUAUACAUACUGCCCUGACACUGAAGAAAUAAAUAAGCUGACUGGGAUAGGCCCCAAAUCAAUCACAAAGAAAAUGAUAGAGGGGCUAUAUAAAUACAACUCUGACAGGAAGCAAUUUAGCCACAUACCUGCUAAAACUAUGUCUGCCAGUGUUGAUGCAAUUACCAUUCACAGCCAUUUGUGGCAAAGCAAGAGACCAGUAACUCCUAAAAAACUCUUACCUACCAAGGCAUAGUGGGGAAAAUAUUUGCUUCAGACAUUGUGGUAAACUUGCACUUCAUCUUUACUGCCUAUAGAAAAUAGGCUUCUAGUUGCCAACAAGACUUACAGAACUUGAAAUUGGACAAGCUCUUUUAUCAUCCACAACUGGAAUGUAAACACAGUAUUUAGGAGUACAGAAGAUUGUCACUUAGGUGAUACAACUACAAGUGAUAAUGGAAAUGUCUGAUUCAUGUGUGGAGAUGUGUAUGUGCUAAUAGAGACUAUAGGGUACAUUUACUCUAUAUUUUGAUUAGAUACGUAAGCACUGAAUGUUGUUCAUCUGCAGUGACUGCAAUUACAUUUUUUACAUUUCUUGCCUUAUGCUUUUGUGUUUGUGCUUGUCUUGAAAUUUAAUUUUCUUGCUGUUUUUUCCUUCACUUUUCUUAUUAUUUUCAGUGUCACUGAAUUUUACCUAAUGAAUCCCAUCAUGAAACACAAACAAAAACGUGGUCUGUUAUGAGGUACAGAACACUCUAUAGUUAUUCUAAGACAUCCUGGUCUUGUUCUGAAAGACCCUCAUUGUAUGUUCUAAUCAUUACUGAAAGACCCAUCGCACUGAGUAUUUCCAGUUCCAUUUCAACAUUGUAAUACUGGUUUGUCUAUUUUUUUUUAAAUUAAAUAUUAAGGAAAUUCUUUGAGCUGCUUAAAGGGAGGUUUCCUUCAGAUUAAAUUAAUUUAGCAACUAAAAUAUUCAGGAGAGUCACAGUAUUCAGGAGAGUCACAGUAUUCAGGAGAGUCACAGUAUUCACUAACUAGCUCUGCUUUUUUCACCUCAGUUCUACCCAAUUCAGCCUUAAACAAAUGUUACUGUGGAUAGACAUCUGAUAUGGGUUUCCGUCUGUCCAGCUUUUGAAAAAGUAAAUCACUUUUUUUACAUACUCUGACAAAUGACAUUUUGAGAAUCUCUUAUCCAUUUAAAAUAAGUAUGGCAAAGAACCUGGUUGAUAUUUCAAUCUUUAUAACAAAUAUAAACAUUUUUGAAAAUAGCCAUUGGAACAUAUUUCAGUAUUAUUUACAAAGGGCUGCAUUUUGAUUUCAUAACUGUUUCAUUAUUUUGCACAAGUCACUAUUGUGCUUAGUGUUUUUCUUUUGUAUAAUUAUUUUCACUGUAGCACUGUUCUGAAAAAACUACAAACUUGAAACCUCCCCCAAAUCUGUGGUUUUUUUGGCAACGUGUACCAGACGAUUAGUUGGUGGGAGGGGGGCGAACUCAUUCUCAGGAAAAGAUUUGAAUGAUUUAUGAUCCUGUUUUGUUUGUGUUGUGACAACUGUGUAAAUAUAAAGACAGUAUUAUGCUAUAACUAUGUAGUUCAUUCUGUUUCAUGGGGAGUAGAGACUAAAAUUAUGUACAUUUCUCUCAUUGAACUGCUUAGGGAGAAAUAAUGCCUCAUUACUAUGAUGUACUCUUUUACUUAUAUAAAAGAUUCUCAGAAAUGAGAUGUCCUUAAAGAGUUUAGAACAGUACUUUUUUAAUUAUUAUAAGGCCUUAGGCAUAAAUGCAUUGGGUUGUUUAUCAACAUUUUCUCAAAUGCUGUCAAUAUUUUACUAUAAUUUAUGUUCUUAUAUUUAUGUAUAUUUGUUAAAACUGUAAAAAAAAGAAAAAACACUUUAAAAUACAUAUUUAAGAUGUAUGUGGCUCAAAACUACUUGUGGCUAGCUGAUUCCUACUGUUUGCAUGUAUAUGAUCAGGAUAUGUAACUCUUAUAUUUCAAGUGUAUACAUAUUAUGUAUAUAUUAUAUAAAAAUAUAGAGGUGAAAGAGGGUUUGCACAUUCUGCCUGUUAGCUCUUACAACUACUGUUAGAUGAACUUUGUAUAGUAAAAAUUAGUUCAAGAAAAGUCAGUGCUGGAGGAGGGUGCGGGUAGAUGGAAUUAAUAGAUGUGGAUAUGAUGAAUAUGUUUAUAAAGGUUUAUCAUGGGACGCCUUUUUCUUUCUAAAACUGACCUAGGAUUUGACUGAACACUUGCAAUACUCACUAGUACAUGCACGUCCAUCUAAACAAAGUGAGUUAAAAUACAUGCCACAGGGAUUCUUUGACUCAUUUAAAAUAUGACUGAAUGUAUUAUGUUCAUAUUUGUCUACAGGUUAAAAAAAUGUGCAGUGUCUAAAGGUAGAAUGUGAAUAAUGCAGUUGAAAAGUUCAUUGCUCAGUCUAAAUUUUUCUUAAUACAGGAAAAGUGAAGACGGACGCUUUUUCUUUUUUAAGCCUGCAAAAUUUUCUAAUUACACUGUAUCUUUGGUUGGGGUCAUGUUUAAAAAAAUAAAAAAGGAAAAAAGCUUUUCAUAAGGCCAGCAUUUAUCACUGAUCUUUUCAGAACACACUGGUGCUUUCAUCAGGGGUAUUAUUAUUAUUGUUGCUAUGACUGAAUUUGCCAAACACUCAUCUUAAUUUUCAGAGCAAAACUUCAAAUUUUAACAGUCAUAAUUGCUACUGAAACCAUUUUUUAAAUUUUAGUAUGACUGUUCGUUUUUACUGUUUGGCUGUUUAAAGCCAAAAACAGCUAUUUAAUUAUGAUUUAAUGGGCACUGUUGAGAAAUGUACAGUGUAUUGUGUGCUUACUUGUCCACUUCUGUGGAUCAUUGCUUCCAUAUUUUUUCAAAUAGUGUGAUGUAAAAUAUUGUCAUAUUGCUACUUAUGUGGUACAGUGUAGUUUUUCCUUUCAGUUAAAUAAAAGCAUGGCACCAAAAA